AGAGCGCCAAAGUGAGGAUUGUCUGGUAAUCAAUAUAUGGGCGUAUAUAUUGAAUAAAAGUUCAGCAAGAUCACAGUUAAAGCCUGUUAUGUUUUCGAUAUACGGCGGGGCACUUAAUAUAGGAUCCAUAUUUCAAGACAUUUAUAACGCGAGUGUUUUGGCCACCAAUGAUGUGGUCGUUGUUUCCGUGAACUAUAGGGUCGGACCCUUAGGUUUCCUAUACGGUGGCGAUGAGACAGCGCCCGGAAAUGUGGACUUUUAUGACCAGUUAUUAGCGCUUAAAUGGGUGAGAGAUAACAUCCAUGCAUUUGGUGGGGAUAGGGAUGAGAUCACUAUAUUUGGUGAGAGCGCCGGCAGUUGGUCCGUAUCGGCGCACAUAUUGUCUCCCCUAUCAAAGGGUCUGUUUAAGAGGGCUAUUAUGGAGAGCGGGGCCCUUAUGUUCAAUAAGGACAGACCGGCGCUCAUCUCGGGGUCUUUGGCGGCGAACAUAGGGUUACAGGUGAAGGCCAUACGCAGCGAAUAUCUCGUCCCAGAGGUGACCCUCGAGACGAAGUGCCAGUUCUCUGAGCCCAAUGUGAACGCCGAAAGUCGUCCCAACUUAGGCUCAAUUGUUGUGUUCGACAUCUCGUCCGCGAAUACAAAGCGUCCAAAGGAGAAGUCCUUCCCAUAUGUCGACAAAUAUAGGAGAAGUGAAAUGAAAGGACUUAUAGGUCUGUUUGUCGAGGUGUUGGCGCCAAUACACGUCGGUUGUAAUUUGAGCCCUCUUUGUCGUUAUCCUCACGAAGUACGUCGACAGCGCUGUGUUGAGCUGAACCGAAGGGAUGCCGAACUCAAUUGCAAUGGUUUAGCGGAUUCUGUUCGUCACAGUUCUGUAGAGUUUUAA